AUGAUGACAUUGUGUAAUCCAACUAAAAUUAUUGGAGAUGAGAAUGGAAAAGUUAAAGGAAUUGAAUGUAUUAAAAUGAAAUUAGGAGAGCCAGAUGCAUCUGGAAGAGCUGCACCAGUUCCAAUUCCAGGCAGUGAAUUUGUUAUUGACUGUGAUAUGGUUAUUCAAGCCAUUUCACAAGGAGUUGAAACUGAAUGUUGUAAAGAUGUAGAAUUAUCUAAAUGGCAAACUCUUCAAGUUAAUGAUAAAUUCCAAACAAAUGUUGAAGGUAUUUAUGCAUCAGGAGAUUGUGUUACAGGACCAAAAUCAAUUGUUCAUGCUGUUGGAGAUACUUAUGUUGCUGUAGAAGCUAUGCAUGAAUAUUUAAUGGGUAAAAAAAAUGAAGAAUAA